UACAGGUUGUAAAGUCCACUGUCACCAUGUCCGACACCGAAGAAGUCGAUCAGGUCGAGGAGUACGAUGCUGUAGAAGAGGAGGUAGUACAGGAAGUAGAGGUGGCCCCUGAGGCGGCCCCUGAGCCAGAGGCGGCCCCUGAGCCAGAGCCAGAACCAGAGCCAGAGCCAGAACCAGAACCAGUGGUAGAGCCAGAACCAGAACCAGAACCAGAACCAGAGCCUGAGACUGAAGAGGCCUUUGAAGAGGAAGAGGAGAAGCCAAAGUUCAAGCCUAGCGCUCCGAAGAUCCCCGAUGGCGAGAAAGUGGACUUUGAUGUAAGUGGAUCUGAUCGUUCAUGUGUGCGUGCCUGUGUGUCUGUGUGUGCGUGUGUGUGUGUGUGUGUGUGUAGUAUAACGUGUGUGAUGAUGUGUCUGCAGGAGAAGCGUCGUGCCGAGAGAGCCGAGCAGCAGAGGAUCCGCUCCGAGAAGGAGAAGGAGCGCCAGGCCAAACGAGAGGAGGAGAGGCGGAUCCGGGAGGAGAGAGACCAGAGCAAGAAGGCAGAUGAGGAGGCGAAGAAGAAGUCCGCUCUGUCCAGCAUGGGCUCCAACUACAGCAGCCACCUGCAGAAGGUACACACACACACACACACACACACACACACACACACACACACACACACACACACAAACAGCUGUCUGCAGCGCUGUGUUCCGGAAAAGAUCAAGGAGCUGCAUGACUGGAUGACCCAGCUGGAGUCGGAGAAGUUCGACCACAUGGAGAGACUGAAGAGGCAGAAGUACGAGGUUACAACCCUGCGUAAGAGAGUGGAGGAGCUCAGUAAAUUCAGCAAGAAGGGAGCCGCCGCCCGCCGCAGGAAGUAGAGCGCCCCCGAAACCAAAACUGCGAUGUUGUCGGACUCACGCCUGACGCAACGACGCACACGGUGGCGAAGGCCGUCGCUCAGAAGAAACCCGUAACGCUGAGGUGUUUGAAACCACCACCCCCCGCCCCCCCUAACCAAGUCCUGACACACGUGCAACCAGGAGCCUUUAGCUGCUGCUCAGUAGGAAUGAAGAAACCGGCCCUUCCUCGCCCUCAGCUGUUUUGGUUCUCAGUAUUUUUGUAAAUAAAGUGUGACGCUUCAAGAAGCCGUGUCUGUAGAGCUGUUAUUCAGAAGAUCAAUAAAGUUCUGUGUUUUU